UGACGAUGCAGCAGUCCGGAUGGUAUCCGCCUCCUCAUUCUGUGUUGAGACCACCAGUUUUUUCUCCUCGGUCGGGCACUCUUCCAGCUUGUAAUUUUUCUUCACCAAUGGGUCCACCUCCGACCAGUGGUAUUUCUCAACAUUCAGGGGGUCCACCUCCGACCCCUGGCUUUUCUUUACAGUCAGGGGGUCCACCUCCGACCCCUGGCUUUUCUUUACAGUCAGGGGGUCCACCACCGACCCCUGGCUUUUCUUUACAGUCAGGGGGUCCACCUCCGACCUCUGGCUUUUCUUUACAGUCAGGGGGUCCACCUCCGACCUCUGGCUUUUCUUUACAGUCAGGGGGUCCACCUCCAACCUCUGGCUUUUCUUUACAGUCAGGGGGUCCACCACCGACCUCUGGCUUUUCUUUACAGUCAGGGGGUCCACCUCCGACCUCUGGCUUUUCUUUACAGUCAGGGGGUCCACCUCCGACCUCUGGCUUUUCUUUACAGUCAGGGGGUCCACCUCCGACCUCUGGCUUUUCUUUACAGUCAGGGGGUCCACCUCCGACCUCUGGCUUUUCUUUACAGUCAGGGGGUCCACCUCCGACCUCUGGCUUUUCUUUACAGUCAGGGGGUCCACCUCUGACCUCUGGCUUUCCUUUACAGUCAGGGGGUCCACCUCCGACCUCUGGCUUUCCUUUACAGUCUGGGGGUCCACCUCCGACCUCUGGCUUUCCUUUACAGUCUGGUGGACCACCUCCGACCUCUGGCUUUCCUUCACAGUCAGGAGGUCCACCUCCGACCUCUGGCUUUCCUUCACAGUCAGGGGGCCCACCUCCAAACUGUGGUUUUCCCUUACCACCAGGAGGUCCGCCUCCGAAUUCUAGAUUUUCUACACCAUCUGUCAGGGCACCUCCAUGUCCUGGCUUUCUUCCACCAUCUGGGGGGCCACCCCCAAGUCCUGGCUUUCUUCCACCAUCUGGGGGGCCACCCCCGAGUUCUGGCUUUCUUCCACCAUCUGGGGGGCCACCCCCGAGUCCUGGCUUUCUUCCACCAUCUGGGGGGCCACCCCCGAGUCCUGGCUUUCCAUCACCAUCUGGGAGGCCACCCCCGAGUACUGGCUUUUCUCAGCAGUCAGGGGCUACACCUCUGAGCUCUGACUGUCCUCCAACAUCAGGGGGCACACCACUGAGCACCAGCUUUCCUCAGCCGUCUGGGACUCCACCUCCGAGCUUUGGCUUUCCUUUGCCAUCUGGGGCUCCUUCUCCAAGCUCUGGCUUUCCUCUGUCAACUGGGGCACCACCUCCAAAUCAUAGCCAUCAUCCACCUUCAGCUAAUUGUCUACCUGUGCCAGGUGGCCCACCAUCAACGUCCAGUUUUCCUACAGGCCUUCAUCAGUCUUCUGGUCUUCCUCCAGCAUGGUUUUCUAAUGCAUCCCAGUCUUUUGGUAGCACUUGUGGUUUUGGCUUACCUACUCCUUCACUGCCACUACAGUCAUCAUCCUCCUCUCCCUCUCAAAAUGGACAGUCACAGUGGGGACAGUGGAAUAUGCCAUCUCAGCAAAAAAACUGGUUUAAUAAUUAUUAUAAAAGACCAUUCCAAGGAAGAAGGCAUCCUUUCAAUCAGGAGAGACGUGACUGGCAAACUGAAAAGAAAAAGAAAAAGAAGAAAAAGGAGCCUGUUUUUACACAUUUUUGUGACACUUGUGACCGUGGCUUCAAAAACCAGGAGAAGUAUGAUGAGCACAUUCUGCAGCACACAAAGUGUGAAUAUAAAGACUGCAACUUCCAAGCACAUUGGAAACUAGUACAGAUUCAUGUGAUGAAUACACAUGCACAAGGGAAGAAGAUAAAACUUGAUACCCCUGAAGAAAUUGACAUAUGGCGAGAAGAAAGGAAAAAAAAUUAUCCAACUUUGGCCAACAUUGAAAAGAAGAAAACUCUGCAGAAAGAAAGAGUGGAAAGAGGAGAAGUACUGACUACAGCAAAGUUUGGAAAGAUGAAAGGUAAAGGACACAGGAAAGACUUUUUUCUGCCCCGGUGGUGUGACAGAAGACAAGGAAAAUUCAAGGUGAUGCAGAAGAAAAAGUUUCCUAAAAGAUUCAAGCGCUGCCCAAAGGAUAAAGAUGAGCAGGAUGAACAGAAAGUGGUCUCUUCUGGUAGUGUUGAUGUAGCAAAUGAAACCGCAGUCGAUUUAACAAAUGAAACCAAAGAGUCCUGUGCACAGACACCUGAAAAACCUUCUGAGAAAGAUGCGGAUCCUCUGAGCCUUCUAGCAGGUGGUGAUGCUGAAUCUGACAAGGAAGAAGACAUUUCCAAGUGCAAGUCUGCCUCAUUGUCCAUUUUACCCAAACAGAUGACAUCAAGUCUUUGUGCCCUCAUGACUAGCUAUGGCAGUAUUUCUGACAGUGAAAAUGAUGAGGGUCCAGAUGUUAUUCCUGCUAUCAAAGUUGUGGCUGAAGAUGUGUCCGUUGAAACUGUAACAAACAUUACAAAUGGAAGUGUGAAAGAGCAUAAUAAAAAUGCACCAGUUGUGAAGUCCAAAAGACAGAAAAAAUACUCAAGAUACAAGCGAAACAGAUCGAAACAUAAGCAUAAGGAACUGGUACCAUCACCUGUGAAGUGUCGUCCAACUCUUCUGGAAAUGUUAUUGGCCCGAGACAUACGUCAUGAACGAAACGUGAUUUUGCAGUGUGUCCGUUACAUUGUUAAGCAUGACUUUUUCAGACUUCACGCUAAGAAUUCCAGAAGUAAAGUUGCGUUGUCUUGCAUAGAAUCAAAGACUGAGGAGAGCUGUGAUAACAGGACUCAUAGCUGUGAAGCAGAUAAGCCUUUUGACCCCAAGACUGUGGAAAAUGAUCAACAUUUUGUAUUGCUCUCUUCUGACAGUGAGGAGUGUAAUGUUGCUGCUCCUUUCGAUGAUGAAAUCUGGGAAGUGUAAUCCUCUAUGAAUUGUACAGAAGUUAUGUUUUAAUAACAAAUGCCAUAAGAAGAAUUAUGAAUAGUACAUGUGAUCCUGAAGUGAGAUUGGAAAAGCGACAUUACUACAUUUGAAUAAAAAUCCAUAUUUUGUUACUGUUUUAACUUA